AUGGACGUGGACGUGGUCGUGGACGUGGACGUGGACGUGGACAUGGACGUGGACGUGGACGUGGACGUGGACGUGGACAUGGACGUGGACGUGGACGUGGACAUGGACAUGAACGUGGACGUGGACGUGGACGUGGACAUGGUCGUGGACGUGGACGUGAACGUGGACGUGGACGUGGACGUGGUCGUGGACGUGGACGUGGACGUGGACAUGGUCGUGGACGUGGACAUGGACGUGGAGGACUUGGACGUGGACAUGGACGUAGACGUGGACGUGGACAUGGACGUGGACAUGGACGUGGACGUGGACGUGGAGGACUUGGACGUGGACAUGGACGUGAACGUGGACGUGGACGUGGACGAAGACGUGGUCGUGGACGUGGACGUGGACAUGGACGUGGACGUGGACGUGGACGUGGACGUGGACGUGGACGUGGACAUGUACGUGGACGUGGACGUGGACGUGGACGUGGACGUGGACGACUUGGACGUGGACAUGGACGUGGACGUGGACGUGGACGUCGACGUGGACGUGGAGAACUUGGACGUGGACAUGGACGUGAACGUGGACGUGGACGUGGACGUGGAGGACUUGGACGUGGACGUGGACGUAAACGUGGACGUGGACAUGGACGUGGACGUGGACGUAGACAUGGACGUGGACAUGGACGUAGUCGUGGACAUGGACGUGGACAUGGACGUGGACAUGGACGUGGUCGUGGACGUGGACAUGGACGUGGACGUGGACGUGGACGUGGACAUGGUCGUGGACAUGGACGUGGACGUGGACGUGGACGUCGACGUGGACGUGGCGAUGGACGUGGACAAGGACGUGGACAUGGACGUGGACGUGGACGUGGAGGUGGACGUGACGAGGACGUGGACGACGUGGACGUGA